AUGCCUCUUACUUUAAGUGAUAUUGAUUUACCACCGGCUGUUGAAGGAAAACUUUAUCGAGCUUAUGGUGCUAAUUGUUCGUUACAAAGUUUUCUGAAAUUGGAUCCAGAUCAAGUGAUUCGUACAACUCGAAUGACAAUACCAGAAAUUGAUAUUGCAUUAAAAUGUGUUUCGAAUACAUUUUAUCCUUUUACAAGACGACAAAUGUCGGUUUGGCAAAUGAUUGAAAAUGAACGUGAUUUGAUAACAACAUUUUCAACAGGUUGUCCAAUCAUUGAUAAAACACUCGAUGGUGGAAUUCGUCUUGGUCAAAUAACUGAAGUGUACGGUGAAAGUGGAUGUGGAAAGACUCAAUUUUGUAUUCAAAUGUCUCUAGAAGUUCAACGAACAUUUCGAGCUCAAGGACAAGAAGCCAAGGUAGUCUAUAUCAAUACAGAAUCUCAAAUUGAAAAAAUUGAUAAACGAUUAAGACAUAUUUCUUAUUAUCGUGCAAAAACUGAUAAACCAUUUAAUAUAGCUGAUGCUCGAUGUUUACAACAAAAAUUUUUUGAUAAUAUUUAUAUUGAUAUUAUUCGACAUUAUCAUCAUUUAGAAAUGACACUUAUUGAUCGACUACCUCUUUUACUUAGUCGUGAACCAAAUAUUCGAUUAAUUAUUAUUGAUUCAUUAGCUGCUCUUUUCCGUUCUGAAGAUAUUUUAUUUGAACAUCAUAAAAAAGCAACUACUCUACAAUACUUUGGAUUUGCAAUGCAUACACUUUGUCAUCGAUAUAAUCUUGCUAUUGUGUGUGUUAAUCAAGUACAAACUCAAUUUAGUCAAAAAUCUGAUUGUUCUUUAUUUCCUCAAUCGAUGACAUUAGGUCCAGCAUUAGGUCUUACUUGGGCAUUUCUUGUUCAUUGUCGUAUAAAAUUAAGUAAAACUGAAAAGAUUGAAGAACAUCAUCCAGAUUCUCAACAAUCACAAAUUGUCUUUGAUGAACGAAAAGCAACAACAAGUAUUAAAACCAAUGUAGUUCAUUUACGUUCAUUAUCAAUUGAUUAUUGUUAUCAUAUAUCAAAAAUGAAUCGAUGUAAUUAUUUUAUUGUGGAUAAAGGUGUAUUCGGUAGUCAAAAUUGA